AUGGCAGAGAAGAGUAGCUGGACGGUCGUCUUUCUGGGCCAGUUCACUCCGCAGGAGAGGACAAGUAAUGAUGAAGACUUUGGGGGUCUUCUGUCGGCCAACCUGAUCCUGUUGAGGAACAGACUGCUCGACAUCCUCCUCAAACUGCUCUUCACAUCCAAGGAGAAAUGCACCGUCAACGCACAGGCAUGUGAGGAGUUGGUGCGUACCCUGGGCUUUGACUGUGUUGUGUGUAGCCUGACUGCUCUCUGUCCCCCCCUACAGGACAUGGCAUGUGAGGAGUUGGUGCGUACCCUGGGCUUUGACUAUGUUGUGUGUAGCCUGACUGCUCUCUGUCCCCCCCUACAGGGCAUGGCAUGUGAGGAGUUGGUGCGUACCCUGGGCUUUGACUGUGUUGUGUGUAGCCUGACUGCUCUCUGUCCCCCCCUACAGGGCAUGGCAUGUGAGGAGUUGGUGCGUACCCUGGGAUUUGACUGGUUGUUAAUGUUCACGGAGGAGCACCUCCACUCCAGCAGUGUAACAGCAGCUCUGUGGAUCCUGGUGGUUCUGCUCAGUAACCAGCCCAUACUGACCAGGUUCAAAGAGGGACUGACCGGAGGCGAAUGGCUGGACCACACUGACUCUGUCCUCACCAACAAGAUCGGCACCGUGAUGGGCUUCAACGUGGGACGCAGCGCCGGCGGUCGCUCCACGCUACGGGAGAUCAACCGAGACGCCUGCCAUUUCCCAGGGUUCCCUGUUCUGCAGACUCUGCUGCCGAAACACACCAACGUCCCCGAGCUCUACUUCCUGCUGAUGGCUCUGUUCCUGCAACAACCCGUCACAGAGCUGCCAGACAGCCUCCAGUUUGACCUGGACUCUAUCUGGACCUUUAUCUUCGGGGUCCCUGCUUCCAGCGGCACCAUAGUGGGAUCCAUCCACAGUGUCUGCACCGAGGCUGGCUUCCUGCUACUGGGGAUGCUGAGGAGCAUGCUCAACCUGCCGUGGCAGUCUGAGGAAGAGGGUUCGUGGCUGAGGGAGUACCCGGUGACUCUGAUGCAGUUCUUCAGGUACCUGUAUCACAACGUCCCGGACCUGGCCCCAAUGUGGCACAGCCCAGAGUUCCUGUGUGUCCUGGCUGCCUCAGUCUUCCCCUUCAACAUCAGGCCCUACUCUGAGAUGGUGAGUGACCUGGAUGAUGAAGCGGGGUCACCAACGGAAGAAUUCAAGGCCUUCACCGCCGACACGGGCAUGAACCGUAGCCAAUCGGAAUACUGCAACGUGGGUUCUAAGACCUACCUGACCAAUCAUCCGGCCAAGAAGUACGUGUUUGACUUCAUGAAGGUGCUGAUCAUGGACAACCUGUGUCUGACUCCGGCCAGCAAACAGACGUCCACCAUAGACCUACUGUUAGAGGCGUCCCCAGAGCGCUCCACCAGGACACAGCAGAAAGAAUUCCAGUCCUACAUCCUGGACUCUGUCAUGGAACACCUACUGGCUGCUGAUGUCCUCCUAGGUGAGGAUGCAUCCUUGCCCAUCACCACUGGAGGGAGCUACCAGGUGCUGGUCAACAACGUUUUCUACAUCACACAGCGCGUGGUGGACAAGCUGUGGCAGGGCAUGUUCAACAAGGAGUCCAAGAUGGUGGUGGAGUUUAUAGUGCAGCUUAUAGGACAGUCCAAGAGGAGGUCGCAGAGUCUGUCUCUGGACUCGCUCUACCACUGUCUGAACCGUACGGUCCUGUACCAGCUGUCUCGACCUCACAAGACCGUACCUCAGCAGGUAGCUCUGCUGGACUCUCUACGGGUGUUGACCGUGAACCGUAACCUGGUGCUGGGACCAGGCAACCACGACCAGGAGUUUGUAGCCUGUUUGGCUCACUGUUUCAUCAACCUGCACGUUGGGAGUAGUGUGGAGGGUUUUGGUUUGGAGGCAGAGGCUCGUAUGACAACCUGGCACGUCAUGAUGCCCGCUGAGAAUGGACCUGAUAACAGACACAGCCAGGAAGUUAGCGAAGGUCGCCAGCUACUGCUGAAGGCAGUAAACCGUGUGUGGACAGAGCUGAUGCACAGUAAAAGACCCAUGUUGGAGGACAUCUUUAAGGUGUCCCUCCCCACCAACGACAGAGGACAUGUAGAUAUCAGCACCGCUCGGCCUGCCCUGGAGGAACCUGCCCUGAAGAGCUGGCAGAACCACCUGGUCCAUGAGAAGAAGUGUAUUAGCAGAGGGGAGUCAGUGGCUCCGGCCAGCCAGUCCAAGCUGUCUCGGGUCAGUAGUGGUUUUGGUCUGUCCAAGCUGACCGGCGCUCGACGCAACAAGAAGGAAAACUCCCUGAACAAGAACAACCUUUCUGUACAGGAGACGUUCCAGUGGAUGUUCACCCACAUAGCGGUGGUCAGGGACCUGGUGGCCAUGCAGUAUAAAGAGUACCAGGAGAGGCAGCAGAAUGUUCUAAAGUACGUGACAGAGGAGUGGUCAUCUAUAGAGUAUGAGCUGCUGAGAGAGCGGGGCCUCUGGGGCCCCCCCAUCGGAUCCCACCUGGACAAGUUCCUGCUGGAGAUGACGGAGGGGCCCUGUCGCAUGAGGAAGAAGAUGGUCCGCAAUGACAUGUUCUACAUACAUUAUCCAUACGUCCCCGAGCCUGAACCCAGCGCUAACGGCCAAAUACCGAAGCCGGUGCGUUACCGCCGAGCGAUCAGCUACGACAGUAAGGAGUACUACAUGAGACUGCUGUCAGGGAACCCUGGGAUGUACCAGCACUCCAUAGAGCAGGACACUGAGGGAGAGACCACUCAGCAUGAACCUGGAGAGGUGCACGGAGAGGACACCAUCGCCAGAGUCAAAGGUCUGGUGAAGGCCCCUCUGAAGAGGUCACGCUCCACCACGGACAGAGCUGAUGAGGAACAAGACCUGCUUCAGGAACAGAUCUUAGAGUCAGGAGGACUGGACGAGGAACAGAGGACAGACAACACAUCACUGCUACGACUACUGGAGGAGGGAGAGAAGAUCCAGCACAUGUACCGGUGUGCGCGGGUGCAGGGUCUGGACACUAGCGAGGGGCUGCUCCUGUUUGGGAAGGAGCACUUCUAUGUCAUAGAUGGUUUCACCAUGACCGUCAGCAGAGAGAUCAGAGACAUCGAGACGCUGCCCGCCAAUCUGCAUGAGACCAUCAUCCCCAGAGGUGCGAGGCAGGGUCAGAGCCAGCUGAAGAGGACCUGUAGUAUCUUUGCCUACGAGGACAUCAAGGAGGUCCACAAGAGACGAUACCUGCUGCAGCCCAUGGCUGUGGAGGUGUUCUCAGGAGAUGGGAGGAACUACCUGCUGGCCUUCCAGAAAGGAGUCCGCAACAAGGUCUACCAGAGGUUCCUCGCCGUGGUUCCCUCUCUGGCUGACAGCUCAGAGUCCGUCUCAGGACAGAGGCCCAACACCAGCGUAGAGCAGGGGUCUGGCCUACUCAGCACUCUGGUAGGAGAGAAAUCUGUCACCCAAAGAUGGGAGCGUGGUGAGAUCAGUAACUUCCAGUAUCUGAUGCAUCUCAACACCCUGGCUGGUCGCUCCUACAACGACCUGAUGCAGUACCCUGUCUUCCCCUGGAUCCUGGCUGACUACGACUCUGAGGAGUUGGACCUAAACAACCCACGGACGUUCCGUAACCUGGCUAAACCAAUGGGAGCCCAGACCGACGACAGGCUGACCCAGUACAAGAAGAGGUUCAAGGACUGGGAAGACCCUACCAGUGAGACCCCGGCGUAUCACUACGGUACACACUACUCCUCAGCCAUGAUCGUGGCGUCCUACCUGAUCCGCAUGGAACCUUUCACUCAGAUCUUUCUCAGGCUUCAGGGAGGUCACUUUGACCUGGCUGACAGGAUGUUCCACAGUGUGCGUGAGGCCUGGCUCUCUGCCUCCAAACACAACAUGGCUGAUGUCAAGGAGCUCAUCCCUGAGUUCUUUUACCUGCCAGAGUUCAUGCUCAACUCUAACAACUUUGACCUAGGUGCCAAACAGAACGGUAUUCGACUAGGAGACGUCCUUCUGCCUCCGUGGGCUAAGGGAGACCCCCGAGAGUUCAUCAGAGUCCAUCGACAGGCUCUGGAGUGUGACUAUGUAUCAUCUCAUCUCCAUGAGUGGAUCGACCUGAUCUUUGGCUUCAAGCAGCAGGGUCCUCCAGCGGUGGAAGCGGUCAAUGUGUUCCACCACCUGUUCUACGAGGGACAGGUGGACAUCUACAACAUCAACGACCCCCUCAAGGAGACCGCCACCAUCGGCUUCAUCAACAACUUCGGACAAAUCCCCAAACAGUUGUUUAAGAAGCCCCACCCUCCGAAACGUGUACGUAGUAAAUCCAACGGGGAGAUGGCGGGGGGCAUGCCCGUCUCUCUCUCCUCAACCACUGACAAGAUCUUCUUCCAUCAUCUGGACAACCUCAGACCCUCACUAGCCCCCGUCAAAGAGCUGAAGGAGCCGGUUGGCCAGAUAGUGUGUACUGAGAAGGGUAUUCUGGCUGUGGAGCAGAACAAGGUCCUCCAACCUCCUGUCUGGAACAAGACCUUUGCCUGGGGCUACGCUGACCUCUCCUGCAGACUGGCCAACUAUGAGUCUGACAAGGCGGUGGUGGUGUAUGAGUGUCUGUCAGAGUGGGGUCAGAUCCUGUGUGCCAUCUGCCCCAACCCCAAGCUGGUCAUCACCGGGGGAACCAGCACUGCCAUCUGUGUCUGGGAGACGGGCACAUCCAAGGAGAGGGCCAAGACCCUCACACUCAAACAGGCAUUGCUGGGCCAUACAGACACAGUAACCUGCCUGACAGCCUCGUCAGCGUAUCACAUCCUGGUGUCUGGCUCUAGAGACAGGACGUGCAUCAUCUGGGACCUCAACAAACUGUCCUUCGUCACACAGCUCAGAGGACACAGGGCCCCCGUCUCUGCCCUUUGCAUCAACGAACUCACGGGAGACAUAGUGUCUUCGGCGGGGACCUACAUCCAUGUGUGGAGCAUCAACGGCAGUCCCAUAGCCAGUGCCAACACCUUCACAGGCCGCUCACAACAGAUCCUCUGCUGCUGCGUGUCAGAGAUGAACGAGUGGGACACGCAGAACGUCAUCGUCACCGGACACUCCGACGGAGUCGUCAGGUUCUGGAGGAUGGAGUUCCUACAAGUCCCAGAAACCCCUGCUCCAGAGCCCAUCGAGCCCCCUGAUGUAACUGACUGCUGUACAGAGGACAAGCUGGCAGAGGGACCCGAGAGCCAGAACGCUGACGACGACAGCAGCGAGUCAGACGGAGACGAGCCCUGCCUCAGCACAGAGUCCAAACCCUCCCCUCUGCCCAACGCUGCAGCCGGGGGAGGAGCUGGGUCGGUUGGGGGAGGGUCAGGCAGCCAACCAGGCAGCACCGUCCACAGACCCAAAGUUCCUCUGGGUCCCGGUGCCGCUGGGGUUCGGACAGGGGCCUCCUGGUCAGUGGACAGCGGGUCAGAUGACUCCCGCCGCUGGUCAGACACCCUCAGCCUGGACGAGAAGGACGGCUUUGUGUUCGUCAACUACUCCGAGGGACAGACGGGACAGACACCACUCAAACCAGGGGUCCACCCUCACCCCCAGCUUCACCCUCCGCACCCCAUAGCAGGCCACGGGGGGGUCCCCCAGCCCAUACACCCCACCACCAUGGAGGCACGGCCCUAUAACCAGCUCAGAGCAGGCUACAGAUGGGAGCGACAGCUGGUGUUCCGUAGUAAACUGACCAUGCACACUGCGUUCAACCGGAAGGACAACGCUCAACCGGCCGAGAUCACAUCCCUCGCCAUCUCCAAGGACCACAGUAAGAUCCUGGUGGGUGAUGGUCGUGGCAGAGUGUUCAGCUGGUCGGUGAGUGACCAGCCUGGUCGUUCUGCUGCUGACCACUGGGUGAAGGACGAGGUGGUGGACAGCUGUUCAGGCUGUACCGUGCGCUUCUCCCUCACAGAGAGACGCCACCACUGCAGGAACUGUGGACAGCUCUUCUGUCAGAAGUGUAGUCGUUUCCAGUCUGAGAUCAAGCGUCUGAAGAUCUCAUCCCCGGUGAGGGUCUGUCAGAACUGUUACUAUAACCUGCAGCACGAGCGCAGCGCUGAGGACGGAUGCAGAAACUAACCAAGGUCCUUGGUCCCACACCACUACAGCGGAAAACCUAUGUUGUACCCGUUCUCUCUCUCGCACACCCCCCCCCCCCCCCCACACCUCCCCUAAAAAUACCCCACCUGUGCACCCCUCUACACACACCUGUCCAGUAACCACAUGUAACGCACUGACUGACAUAGACUAAAAGGGAUCACCGAUUUGAACUGUGGCGAUUGUUUCCGUAACUGUGGUAGUUAGUUUAGUAUGAAGACGACUGGGGGGGGGGGACACGGACGGACGGAUGUAUAGAAAAAGCCUAUCAAAUAGAGAGAGAAGAGUGUGAGGAGAGGAGGAGGGUUCGUUAACAAUCUCAUUUCUCGCUUUCUUUCACAGUCGCAAAAUAAAACGCUGACCCUCAGCUCCUUCCUCCGUGUAUCACCUUUAGAUCUUAGAGACCAACAGGAAGGGGAAAGUCCUUCAGUUCAAAACUUGUUUAUAUUGUAAAUACUUAACAUUGACCUUUUUAACGAGCAGGAGGGGGAGGGAAAAAAAUAAUAUUAAUGGUUGUUGAGGACAAAAAAAGUAAUUGUGACUAAUCACUCCCGGCUUUAAAAACUAAAGGAAUGUGUGUAAUGUUAGUCUAUAAUGUCACGGAAGCUCAGAGGGAAUGAGAACUCUACGUUCCACAUGGCACCCUAUUCCCUAUGUAGUGCACUACUUUUGACCAGAGUCCUAUGAGAAUAGGGUGUAAAGAGCAGUCCACUAUAGAGAAUAGGGUGCUAUUUGGGAUGUGGACGAUGAUAAUGAUGGAGGACUAUGAAUGUUAGGAUAAUAAUAAUAAGUGUUUGUGGGUUGACAUUACAGUUUCUAGUUAUGCAAUGACUUCUUCAUUUCUUUAUAUAAUUAUUAUUAUUUUUUUUUACAAUGUGUGAAUUUGAUUUGUGAGUUGCCCACAGUGUCAAGCGAUUGCCAUUAAAGUGAGAUUGCGUCAUGUUUUUGUUAUUUUUUUUGCCAAAUUGUUUUUGAUAUAUAUCACGUUGUGUAACGCUGAGUAGUAUGUAUGAUGAGCUUAACCGUGUCGAUCUUUAUCUACCAUGCAGGCUUUAGUUUGGAACACGUAACCCCCCCCAGUUUAGGUCCCAGAUUAUGUUAUUGUUGUUGAUCAAGACUGGAGAAAAUAUCAGAUCAAAUCAAAUGUAAUUUGUCACAUGCGCCGAAUACAACAGGUGUAGAUCUUACCGUGAAAUACUGAAUACAACAGGUGUAGA